AUGCUGUCCCGCUCGGCCAUCUCGCGAGGACUUCGACAUUCUUCUGUACAUCGUCUGGGUGCUCUGCGUCUGGUCGCAUCUGGUUUCACUCCGUCAUCCGAGCAACCAACCCAGGAGGCCGGCCCUGCGCAGGGUUCCAGUUCGCGCCGUCCAACGUCAUGGCUCACACGAAAGCUGGAGGAUUCUCCAGCAGCUAAGAGUGCUUUUCUGAAAUUCGCGACCUUUAUGGGAUAUGGUAGCCCCAAACAAGUUGCUGGCCGAAGAGCGUUCGCUAUGUAUGAGCGGCUAUGCGUCGUCAGACCUGACGAGGAUAAGGCGUUUUGGCAGGACGAUUGUCACCUCCCACCCACAUUCCAGUCGUGGUUCACUGUCGUGAAUCUUCAUGUUUGGAUGCUCACCGUGCGUCUGCGUGCGCUUCCGCCACCACACGGGAUGAACCACAUUCAAGCCCUCAUUGACCACUUCUUCUUGGACGUCGAAGACCGCGUUCGUGCCGUCCUCCAGCCCGCAACUCCUGACGCAAUGGUCUCUAUCUCUCCCCAUGGGCCAUACACCACACCGUCGGCGUUCUAUGUCGUCGCCAAUGGUGGUAAACCGCGACCAAAAGGAAAAGCUCCGGAGAUGCUCGUCUCGAAGCAGAUGAAGAUCUUCAAGGAGCAGUGGGCAGGCAUGGGCAUGUCCUUCGACGUGUCGCUCCUCCGCGGCGACGCGGACAUGGCCGCUGUCAUCUGGCGCAACCUCCUCGGUGGACGGGGUGCGCGGGGCAUCGUAUACCCGUCCGAUGAGGGCACGUCUUCGACACAGCCCCAUUUCAGGCGUUCAGUUAACCUCGUUGGCGGCGAGGUGGAGAAGGUGAAAAAGAUUGCCAAGCGCGGACUCGAGCUGGAGGAGGCCCGAGAUGAUGGCUCGGGUGUCCACGAUUACUUGCCGAGCGAGGCGGACAAGUAUGUCGCGUAUCCAGAGCUUAUGGUCGCCCUGGUUUCGUAUAUCAGACGGGAGCUCGUCAGGCUGCAGAACAUUCCGGACGAGGUUGUCAUGGGUGCUGGAGUUACUGGGAAGGAGGGAGAGGGGGUUCCGGAACUCAAGUUUGGGCGGAUAGUACAGGAAGGACGUGCACUCGUUGUCUGA